AAGCUCUAUCUUGAAGUUUCUAUCUUCAAAUUUGGCUUGGAAGCGGGAUCUAAACUGACUGCGUGGGAAAUCUUUACUCUGCUCCAUCAAAUAUUGAUCCAGGAUAACUUGGAUCUUCGGUAACCGCCCGUUAUACACAUUAAUCGCCGUCAACGAACACUGUACAACGACUGCGGACGGUGGAUUUAUGUAUAGAUCUGCGAUUUUCUUCACUGAACUCCUGAAAAUUUGGCUUUUGUCACUUUUCUUGUGAUCCAAAAGGACUUGGAAGCGCUAAAUUACCUAUACGGUUCUCUGCCGUGUAUAGUAGUGCAUGCAAACCACGUUCAUUCUACCCAUCCUACCCAAAGUAUUUUCUACUGCUGCUAAAAACUGACUGCUACAUUGGAUCUGGCGUUUUUGCUUUGUGGCAUCAAGAUACUGCAGUCUGCUGUAGCACUUUUCCUGACUGACUCGACUUUGAAUCGCCUGGCUCGUAUUCCAGUCACAACCAAAUCCUUCCUGACGUCGCUACGGUCCGCCUUUCCACAUCUAGCCCUUCUACCAGCAAGUGAACCAGGGCUUUCGACUUUUGGGCUGCUAUCUUUGCUGCUGCAUACUUGAACCUACCCGUCCCAAAGGCUUUUUGUCUUUCGUGAGUUUGUUCUUUGCUGUUUUCUCCUGCAUCUGCUUGCUCGUUUCGCUUUUUGCUUAUUCUUGGUUCCACCUUCCAAAUAACUAUGGCUUUUGAUACUAACGAUAAAUGUGGCGAGCACAGUUGUGGCACUGCAGUCACGGAAGGCAUACAGUGUGACCGAUGUUUAUUAUGGUAUCAUAGCACCUGCUCUAGGUUAGACCGUUCGUCCAUUGAUCUGUACACCCAGCAUCCCCAACUGAAGUGGAUCUGUUUUCACUGUGUGUGCCUAGCUGAUACUUGUGCUCGCUUAUUACGCGAGCGGCUUGAUGCUCCUCCACAGUUGCCUGAUGUUAAGAGGGUAGCUGACGCGAAGUAUCUGCAGCGGCUCUCCACCGCAGAAAAAGCGAUCAGCGACCAGGCUUUGAUCAUAGAUGCACUGCGAGUGAAGAUUGACGAGUUGCGCGAUUCUUUAAAUAGCUACGCUCAGAGUGCGGUGAUUGCCAUGGGCAGGCAAAAAAAUGUUCUUAUCUACAAUCGGGAGGAGCCGGUGAUACACGAGGCAAAGGCUCGACGAGACCUGGACAGGAGACGAAUACACGACAUCCUCCGCAUAGCCGGGAUACCUUUAAACGUCGGUAUCAAAAGGGUGCAUCGUGUAGGUAGCUGGAGAGAGACUGGUCCACUGCGUCAGCAAGGAUUUGCUAGGCCGAUUCUGGUUGAAUUUAGGAACCCUGUUUAUCGUGACCAAAUGCUUAACCGAGCCGGCUUAAUCGAGAGUCAGACUAAUGGCCGGUAUCAGGUGGCCCCGGACACACUUAGCUCACAUGCCAAGGUCCCGCGGGUAUGUCAGUCGGAAGAUACUAAUAACCGCUUGGCUGGCGUGUCUGCGACCUUGGUUAAGGGUGCUCCUUUACGUGGUCCCCGCAUUGCAUCAGUGCCUACCAGGGAUGAUUGUCCCACUGCAGCGGAGGUCGUUCCUUCGAACUACCACACCACAAAUUCAGUAUCAGAUGCAGGUACCGCGAAAGGUGCUUCCUCACAAGUUAGUUCAACCGGAGGUACUUACAGCCGAUUGAUAGUAUACCCUGCAUCUCCGGCCGCUAGGGUCAGAGUCAGUCAGCAACAUGCCACGAUUACACCAAAAGGAACUGGGUGGGACUGCACUCCUACCACAGCGGCAGUUGUCUGCUCGAGUCCUCAAACAAUGCAGGUUGCAAAGGGAAUAAGUCGCGAGUUACAUGUGACAACGACCAAAGUUUCACUGAACGGAAGUACGACUUCCAACUUGUUAUCAAGGGGAAGUUGCGGGGUUGCGGACAUGAACUUACAGGUGGAGCAUCCAGGACUAUUUGAUGACGCUCGCAUAAUGUCAGAUGCUUCGGAACUCAAGGACACUACGUGCAUCUCGCUGAUUGGUUUGGGAAACCAGCGCUGUGAAACUCCCAAGGCUGACCUUGCAGGAAAUUCGGAAGGCAGCGUUGCUAGACCUUCUAAGUUAAAGGGAAAGAAGCAAGUUGGUAGAUUACGAAACAACUCAAGUCGGACGGAACCUGACAAGGUUUCUGCUCGUGUUGACCUACAUGAGCCUAAUCUUGACCCAGCAUUGCAGGCGGCGAACGAUAACGACGCGCUGUCAAAAAACGGGUUGUACCCUCGGGUGCUGCGUCCGAGGGGAAACAACCGCGUCAAGCAGGACUAAUUGUAUGGUAUACCAAUUGCUGCAGUGUGAGGAACAAAUGGGGAGAGAUGGUGAGGCGCUGCGGAUGUGCUGAUGUUGUUGCCUUGACAGAGACAUGGCUUUCUCCGAGCGACAUGGUUAGCGACCUGCUGGUAGAUUUCGUGAGUUACCGAGUAGAUAGGCCUGAUCACCACACUGGCGGGGAGCACUAUUGCUUAUAAAGCGCCAGUAUAGUCAUUGGGAGGCUCCGUUUAUGAUGAGUAAUACGAACGUUCAGGUGGUGUCUUGUUACUUAAGGAUGAUGGGCAGGUUGGAGAUCUUUAUAUGUGUCUACCGCAGUCCAUCGUCCACACGAGAGGAGGACAAAGAGCUCGGUGCACUAUUGAGGCGCGCAGUGGUUGCUGCGCCUAAUUUCCUAAUAGUUGGUGAUCUUAACCUUCCUCAUGCGGAUUGGCAAGGCACGGCAAACAGAGCGGAUACCUUGGAACAGGAACUGGUUGACUGGAUGCAUGAGAAUGCAGUUGAACAAUACAUCAAUAUACCGACCAGGAGCCGAAUCGGGAGUGCCCCCUCCACGUUGGAUGUUGCCAUCACCAAACACGGUCGUUUCGCAGAGCUACAAGUGGAAGCACCUUUAGGUAGGAGUGAUCACUGCGUCCUCACUUUCUGCCUAAAUACAUUGAAGCCUGCACGACAUCCUCGCCUCGUGAGAAAUUUCAGCCGCAUCGACCACAUGAAAUUGAGGGAUAGAGCCCUCCAGGCCAAUUGGAUCCCUGACCAGGAACAGGCAUCUUUGGAACAAGGGUGGUCUGGGCUUAAAACUGGUUUAGUACAACUAUUGAAUGAGUUUGCUCCUAUUCGUCCUGUGAGACACUUCAGCAAGCCUCGGUGGUGGAUGAGGAGAAUUGAUAGAGCUCUAAAGAGACGAAAUGAGAAGUGGAAAAAAUUCAAUGAGGCCAAGGGCUUUCGUCGAUGGCUACAGUACACAAAAAGCCGGAAUAAGGCUAUCAAGAUGCAACGGCAGGCUAAAUACUCUUAUGAGCUUCGGCUGGCCCGGUAUGCGAAAACAAAUCCAAAGUGUUACUACGGCUAUGUUCAGUCUAAAGCCUCCCUAAGAGAGGACGUUGGGUGUCUAAUUAUGGAAGAUGGCAGCCAGGCUGUGGAAGCCAGAGAUAAAGCUGAAAUGCUGCUAAGAGUCUUUCAGAAUCUGCAUAGGAGCGACAAUGGAUGUGCUGCACCAUCGCAGCCACACUGUGUCAGCAGUUAUAUAAUGCAGGACAUCGUGCUGACUGCGCAAGAGGUCUUUACUGUGAUGACUAACUUGAAUCCCUUCAAAUCAGCCGGUCCUGACGAUGUACAUCCGGCAAUAGUCAAGCCACUAGCUGACAUCCUUCAACAUCCUGUUCUGGAGCUGUUCAACUUGUCGCUCCAGGAAUGCAAGUUGCCACGAGACUGGAAGGAAGCAGCCAUAGUUGCGAUUCACAAGGGUGGCUCCAAAUCGGAGCCCCUUAACUACAGACCCAUCAGUCUAACCUGUGUUCUGCUCAAGUGUUUAGAGAAGCUUAUAAGAAACCGGAUUUGUGAGCAUUUGGCGGAACACAGUCUACUUAGAGCAGAGCAGCAUGGUUUCAUUAAAAAGAAGUCGUGCCUCACUAAUCUACUGUGCGUUCUCGAUGAGAUUACUCGAUGUCUUGACGACGGGAUUCCGGUAGAGGUCUGCUAUCUUGACUUUAGCAAGGCUUUCGACUCAGUAAAUCACCGUUUCCUACUUGAAAAAUUAGCAUGGUUCGGAGUACAUCCUAGACUUCUGUCUUGGGUGUCAGAAUUCUUAUGUGGGAGAACGUUUCGAGUUAGAAUCGGUGAUGUGAGUUCUAGUGUGGGCGUGGCCUACAGUGGAGUACCCCAAGGAUCGGUGCUAGGUCCACUUUUGUUUCUUAUGUUUAUAAACGACUUGGCUCCUCUUAUUGAAGACCCCUGUUAUAUCUUUGCGGAUGACUUGAAGCUAGUCAGCAGGGGCAACCGUGCAACACUGGCCAAGGAUAUCAUCAGUGUGGCAAACUGGUCGAAGCAAUGGGACUUGCCCUUGAAUGCAAGAAAGUGCCAAAUUCUGACCACUAGUAGAGACGUACUUGCAGUUCAGACUUCCUUUGGGCCCUUCCCCUUACAAUGCACUACCCAGGCACGCGAUUUAGGAGUCAUCAUGACGAGCAGCUUCAAGCCUUCGAUGCAAUGUCGAUACGCCGCCAACAAAGCGCGACGAGAAUUGUUUCGCCUCAGGAGGGCUCUGUGUAAUACCAAGCCAGAAGUGUUCCUGCCACUAUACAAAGCAGUGGUUAGGCCACACUUAGAGUAUUGUGUUCAAGCUUGGUCGCCCUAUCUCCGUGGUGAUGUUCUUUGCCUGGAGAAGAUUCAAAGACUAGCAACCAGGAUGGUUGAAGGUCAACGGGGGAAGCCGUAUGAAGAUCGCCUAAAGAGCCUGGGGUUGUUUUCCCUUGAACGGCGUAGACUGAGAGGCGAUCUGAUAGAAACAUUUAAGAUCAUGAAGGGCCUCAGUGCCAUCGUGCCCUCUGAUUUAUUUGAGCUGGCUGAUUCUGAACGCUUGCGUGGACAUCGCUUGAAGCUCAAACAACAGAGGGCUAGACUGAACGUCAGGGCUAAGUUCUUCUCGAAUCGUGUAGUGCGCAACUGGAAUAAGUUGCCUUCGGAACUAAUGGAUUGUGAGACUGUGGUUGCCUUCAAAGCAGGCCUAGACAGGUGCUGGCCGCGUAUUUUUCCGGAAUUAAUAUAAUCCUAUCCAAUUUAUUCGCAUUGAUAUCCGAUGUUGAUCCUUGUAAAAGCAAAGAUUGCUCUCGCUUUUGCUUCAUUUCUUUUUGCAGAGGCAAGGAGAGGCGAUCAAAAGUCGAAGUGCCGGGGGCUCUGGUUCGCUUACCGGUACAAGAAGCUGGACGCUCGUUAGGCGGAAGCCUGUAUCGUCCACGGAUUUUGACCUGACCUGACCUGACC